AUGACGUCCGCCGAGGACCUCUUCGGCCUCAUCGAGAUCCAAGCCGAUCGACAGCACCGUAUAAGCCGACUCGUCGAGAAUGCCCGUAAAUCGGGACAGCUGAAAACACUGCCCGGUGUGCUCGCGCGGCUCAAGGUGCUCCAAUCAUAUUGGGAGCAAUUCGUAGAGGAUCAUCGCCCUCUGCGCGCAUCCCGAUACAAGGUGAUCCGUGAAUCCGAAUACAUUCGGCGCGACCUUUUUGGAGACACCGAGGAGCUCUACAUCGCGCAGGAAAUCGAGCUGCGCACCAUUCAGGACGCUCUUUCGGCUCCUGGGCAGGGAGGCACCCGCGAGACGGUGCACGCGGUACCGGCUCAGGCGACGGUUUCCGAGGUUCAAUUACCUCGAGUUCCGAUCCCCACGUUCGACGGAGCCUUCGACGAGUGGCGUACAUUUCGAGAUCUCUUCUUGUCGCUAAUAGGGGACAACAAGUCGCUUGCUGACGUGCAUAAGAUGCACUAUUUGAAGCAGCACGUACGAGGGGAGCCGGAGAGACUCCUCCGCCAUCAUCCGGUUACCAGCACCGGUUAUCAGGACGCCUGGGCUGCGUUGUGCGAGCGAACGUGCGAGAUCCGCUCCUCGCUCAGUCAGCUCGGCAGGCCAACAGAGCAAUGGGACGACAUUUUCGUGUACCGCACGGUUGCUGCGUUGGACAGCGCAAUCCGGCGGGAUUGGGAGCGGUCCACGAACAAAAUCCGCCAGCCGGUGCGGUGGAGCACCCUGGCGGACUUCUUGAGAUCGAAGAUCCCCUCGGGACGCAAGGGUCGCUGUGCCCUAUGCACCAAGCCGCACCCCUUAUGGGAUUGCUCGGCAUUCAAGGCCCUCGCCCCAGCGGAGCGACGCCGCCGAGUGAGUGAGUGGGGUCACUGCCAGAACUGCUUCUCCGAUCAGCAUCGGAGCAGUCAGUGCGCGUCCACCCGACGUUGCCGGGACUGUGCGCUAGCUCACCACUCACUGCUGCAUGAAGCCGAGCCCGCGUCCCCCGCUCUUAGAAAGGAGAACGCCGUGCUCUCUUUGCACGCCGUCGUCAGGCCGCCCGCCGGGCGAGCUCUGCUGGCUACGGCGCAGGUUCAAUUAAGAUCUGAAGGCGGGCGGAUGAUCACCGUCCGAGCGCUGAUCGACCCGGGUUCGGAGGUAAAUCUUAUCUCCGAGUCAGCAGCGCAGCAGCUGCGAGUGCGACGCCAAGCAACUCGAAUCCGCCUGACCGGGGCGACUGGCAGUCAGGGACAGGUGGUGCGGGCAGUCACCUCAUGUAGCAUCCGGUCCACCUCGAAGACACCGUACCAGCAACCUAUCGAGGCAUUGAUCCUGCCGAGGCUCACCGGUUAUAGGCCGACCGUGACUGAGAUCCCCCAGGAAUGGCAUCAUCUCGCUGGGCUACCGUUAGCGGAUGACUACCACAACGCAGCUCCCGUGAUGGCGGUUCUCGAGGUUUACACCGCUAUAGUCUUGCCGCAGAUCCGGCGGGGCCUGCCACAGGCACCCAUCGCACAGGCUACGCGUCUCGGCUGGCUACUCAUGGGAUCCACAACACAGGCGCGAGCAACUCGCCAUGCCAACUGCAACACGCUACAGUCAGAGUUCGACCCGCUCCUCGAUCAGCUGCGGCGGUUUUGGUCGUUGGAGGAGGUGCCCGAGGCCAACACCCUCACGCCGGAGGAAGAGGAGUGUGAGCAACAUUUCAGGGCGACGCACGGACGACUGGAGGACGGACGGUACCAGGUGCGAGUUCCGUUCCAGCGAGGCGCCGCCCUCGGGGAUUCGAAACCGGCCGCUCGCGCCUCAUUGGCGCGCCUGGAGCGGCGGUUCCAGAGCCAGCCGGAACUCCGCGAGGCGUAUGUCGCGUUUAUGGGCGAUUACGAGCGACUCAGACACAUGAGUCGUGUCACUGAGACCAGUCAUGACGGGGGCCCUGUGUUCUUCCUGCCACAUCAUCCGGUGAUAAAGGGAUCAGGGGCGACGCUCAAGGUACGUGUGGUGUUCAACGCGUCCCAGACCUGUGCCUCGGGCGCUUCGCUGAACUCGAUGGUCCGUGUGGGUCCCCGGUUGCAACUCGAUCUUGGGGCCAUACUAUUGCGAUGGCGCUUGGCUCCCGUCGUGUUUAUCGCUGACAUUGAGCAGAUGUAUCGGCAGAUACAGGUACACUCAGAGGACCAACCGCUCCAACGGAUCCUGUGGCGGUUCGGGCCCACGGAGCCAGUCCACGUCUAUCAGCUACACACCGUCACUUACGGCACGGCCUGCGCGCCUUUCCUGGCAUUGCGCGUUCUAAAGCAGCUGGCAAUAGAUGAAGGCCACCGCUUCCCGCGAGCUGCAAAGCUAUUGAGACAGUGCACUUAUGUGGACGACGUGUUGGCGGAUGCCGACACAGUACAAGAGGCACUCGCCCUACAGCAGGAGAUAGGCGAUCUCCUCAGGGCGGGCGGCUUCUCGCUUAAGAACACCUCGGUAUUGGGAGUCCGUUGGGUGCCAGGGGAGGAUGCGUUCGCCUAUGGCGACGCCCUGAGCUUGCCCUCGACGGCGACCAAGCGCGCCAUACUAUCCGCCAUCGCGAGAAUCUUCGAUCCUCUCGGAUGGAUAAGUCCGGUCGUAAUUGCAGGUAAGAUCCUGCUGCAGGAACUCUGGCUGGCGGGCGUAGGUUGGGAUGCGACUCUGCCCCAGACGCUGGCGACCCAAUGGCAGCAUUAUCGACGCGAUCUCAACGACGUGAGCGACAUUCGGCUGCACCGUUGGCUGGGGUUUACGGGGCCCGAAGCGGUCGCGGAAGUUCACGGGUUCUGCGACGCCUCCGAACGCGCCUACGCAGCCGCCAUUUACAUGGUGGUUCGGGUCCGAGAACGCCAACCGGUGUCGCGCUUGCUGACGGCCAAGAGCAAGGUGUCUCCGGUGAAGCGGGUAUCGCUACCGAGACUGGAACUCUGCGGAGCACACCUGCUGGCGCGACUCCUGCGCUGGGUGCGAGAGACGCUCUCACCCGUCUCCACGGUCACGCAUUGCUGGACCGACUCGAUGGUCGCGUUGACCUGGAUUAGGCAGCACCCAUCCAGAUGGGAUACGUUUGUGGAGAACCGAGUAGCCGCCAUACACGAAUUGCUUUUUUCAGUUCAUUGGGGCCACGUCCCCACGAAGGAGAACCCGGCAGAUUGCGCGUCAAGAGGCCUGUCCCCUCGAUCACUGCGGGACCAGCGAUUGUGA